AUGGCAUCAGCGUCAGGUGGAAAUCCGGAGUGCCUGCCUUGGAAGUCCCUGGGUACCACAGUGACACGCACGAAGGAGUUUGCCUUCGACUCUUUGCCAAGCUUGCCAAAGCUACGCGGUUCCUUGCUGAAGUCAAGUCCACAUCGUUUGCGGGCAAUGCUGCGUUUUCUCCGCGUAGAUCAGCAGCCGCGGUUCUGCGUGGUGCAAGAUGGUCAUUUCAUGUGGUUUGAUGACGAGGGCGUGUCAACGAAAGGCGAGGCCAAGGGUUGUAUCAAUUUCCUCGUGCAUCGAGCCCGGAUACAGCAGGGUGGCACUUCAACAGCUUUCGAGAUCCACCCUGCAGAGUCACACGGUUGGCGUGAGCCAUCCUCGUUCACUGGCGAUGCCUGGCGGUCUUUCUCCUUUGACGCGGAGAAUGCUGAAACCUGUGCCAAAUGGGUGGAUGCCCUCACGGAACACAUCCGCUUUGGCAACCUUGCUGCAGAGCAAAUGGGUGCAGCGCUGGGAUGGCACGUGAAGGUUCAGAAGCCAAUGUGGUCCGACCUUGAUGCCAGCGACUCGCAGGUCUAG